AUGGGAAAGGCUUCUUGGCAAUACAACGCCAUCAUGUUGAUCCGUAUCUUGACCGACAACCCCGGCCCAACCUUCACACGCAAUAUGGACAAGAAAUUCGCCGACACCGUCAAGGACCUGUUCCGUUCAACACGCGACCCCAGUGUUAAGCAGAUGAUCGUAGAGACUCUGGACACUUUCGAGAUGACGAAGAUCGACGACCAAGGUCUGGGAGAGGUGAUAUCCAUGUGGAAAAAGGAGAAGGAGCGCAGCUACAAUAAGUACGGUCAUCCUAGAAUGCCAUCACAUCCCGAACCGCGGACAGCAAAUGCGCCGCCGUUUGAUCCUCAUUCGCAAAACUACUUUGCCCGUCAUCACAACAACCCGACUUUGCCGAGCCCUGUAGAGCUAGCGAGUCGGCUGGAAGAGGCUAGGACCUCCGCCAAGCUACUAUCACAAGUUGUCAUCAAUACACCUCCACAAGAGGUGCUCAACAACGAUCUAAUCAAGGAGUUCGCCGACAGAUGCCAGAGUGCUUCGAGAAGCAUACAAUUGUACAUGAGGGCCGAGAACCCAUCCCCGGAUAACGACACGAUGGAGAACUUGAUCGAUACAAACGAACAGCUUCAGUCCGCACUCAACCAGCACCAAAGAGCAGUCCUCGGUGCCCGUAAGCAGCUCGGAAUUGGCGCACGGUCAGAGAACGCCAGCCCUACCAGCCCCCAAUCGGCUACCAGCCAACAUGUGGACAGACAACAGCAGCAGCAGUGGCAGCAGGCACAGUCGUCGUCGCCUAGCUUGGUACCGGCCCCUCCUUUGCCAUCCCGGCCCAAUGAUAACAACGGGAAGGGAAAAGCAGCCGAGUCAUUUGCUCCACCCCCAGGACCUCCGCCAAAGGCUCAUCCAGAACCUCCUGCUGAGGACCCCUUCAGAGACCCUCAACCGGAGAACUACCAUUCUUCCCCAAGUAAAGCCGGCGGGUCGGGCAGUGCGGUCGAACUGCCAAGCGAGGAACCGCGUUUAGCCUUUGAUCCGUACCACCCGGGCUUUAACCCCACACCGAGCUAUGUUGGAAGACAAGAUAGCGCCUUAGGCAAGGUGACUAUGCAUGGCGCAGACGCCGCCACAACGCCUGGCCCUUUGAAUGGCAAUCCAAUCAGCACUGUCGACCUUAGGAAUCACAGGGAGGCACCACGGGAGGACUCUGAUGAUGAUAUAUACGAGUCAACUCCUAAGAGGAAAGACCCAGUGUAUAGAUACUAG